AAGAUACAUAUAUAGAAGCAAUUUUGGUUUUCAGUCGGGUUCGGAGUUCGAACCCGUUUUGACAUCGCAAAGCCGGUUGAAUUUCCCGCCAAAUCGAGCAGAGCAGUUCGUCCCAAUCCGAUCAAACUCGCCGGAAGAGUGAAGAAACCGUCGCCGUCCCGUGAAAUCUUCGAUUCCAACUGAAGCCGUAUCUCGUCUAACAGCUCUGUUCCAAAAGAAAUAUGAUAUGUAGAGCCCUGCGGAGGGUUUUCGGCACCGAGCCCCGUCGGCUGGAGGAAACCUGCUCCCAGGUUCUGUCUCUCUGCAACUCUAAGUCCAUAAAAGACGGAAUCUGCGUUCACGGUCCAAUUAUUAAACUGGGUCUCGAGCAAGAUUUGUACCUGACCAAUACUCUGCUGUCUCUUUACGGGAAGUGCUGUGGACCGGACCAAGCUCGUCGAUUGUUUGAUGAAAUGCUCCAGAGGGACAUCGUGUCCUGGACCGGGCUCUUGAGUGCUUAUGUGAGGGCCGGAGAUCACGAGAACGCCCUCAGGGUGUUUGACUCGAUGUUGAGCUCGGGGGAGACUCCGAACGAGUUCACCUUCUCAGGCGUCCUGCGUUGUUGCUCGAAAUUGGGAGAGUUCGACUUGGGAAGUCGUGUUCAUGCCUGUGUGAUAAAGUGCGGGUUUGAAUCGAAUCCUAUCCUGGGAAGUGUUUUGAUUGAGCUGUACUCCAAGUUGGGUUCUAGUGAGGAAGGCCUGAAGGUAUUUGAAUAUUUGGCAAACAAGGACACUGUUUCCUGGACAACCAUGAUUUCUUCACUCGUUGAAAGUGGGAAAUGGCUUCGGGCAUUGCAGUUGUAUUCCCGAAUGAUUGAGGCUGGAAUCACCCCCAACGAGUUUACGUUCGUGAAGCUUUUAGGUGCAUCGAGCUUCUUCGAGUUUAAUUAUGGGAUGAUUCUUCACGCACAGUUGGUAGCUUGGGGAAUCAACGUGAACUUGAUCCUGAAGACGGCCCUUGUCAAUAUGUAUACGAAGAACCGAAAGAUGGAAGAAGCUCUCAAAGCCUUAACUUCUACGCCUGAGCAUGACGUUUGCUUAUGGACCGCAAUAGUUUCCGGUUUGAUUCAGAACUCGAUGGUCACGGAGGCUGUCAGUGCUUUCCAUCAGAUGGAUAUCUCCAGAAUCAAAGCGAACAAUUUCACAUACUCCAGCUUGCUGAGCGCAUCCUCAUCAAUCUUAUCACUCGAACUGGGACAACAGAUACAUUCACGGGUGAUCAAAGUCGGACUUGAGGGUGAUGUUUCAGUUGGAAACUCGCUCACAGAUAUGUAUAUUAAAUGUUCCAAUGUGAUAGAAGAUGUGUUGGGAGCAUUCAGAAGUAUCAACUCCCCGAACGUCAUCUCUUGGACAUCUCUGAUUGCUGGUCUCAUUGAACACAGCUUCAUUGCGGAGUCGUUUCAGGCCUUCGUGGACAUGAGAGCUGCUGGGGUGGACCCAAAUUCUUUCACUCUCUCAACCAUUCUCAAGUCUUGUGCAGCCGCUAAAUCUCGGAUUCAGACAUCUGCUCUUCAUUGCUAUGUCAUUAAAAUCAGGGCACCCUAUGAUAUUUCUGUCGGAAAUGCUCUGGUCGAUACAUACGGUGCGUUGGACUUAUUUGAUGAGGCGUGGAACGUGACUAGGGAGAUGGACCACAGAGACGUGAUUACUUACACCAGUUUAGCUACGAGAAUGAACAAUGCAGGGCAUCAUGAAACGGCGCUGAGCUUGAUCAGAUUGAUUACUGCUGAAAACAUUGAGAUGGACGAAUUUAGUCUUGCGAGCUUCCUGUCUGCAGCAUCGAACUUAUCUUCGAUCCAAACUGGGAGGCAACUUCACUCUCAGUCGGUGAAAUCUGGGCUAGGCCAUGGGCUUUCGGUCUCAAAUGGACUGGUUGAUUUAUAUGGGAAAUGCAAGUCUACUGAUGAUGCCCGCAAGGCCUUUGACGACAUACCCAAGCCCAAUGUUGUCUCGUGGAACGUGUUAAUCUCAAGAUUGGCAUCGAAUGGGCUGGUCUCUUCUGCACUCUCUUCUUUUGAAGAUAUGAGGCUCGCAGGAGUAAAUCCCGAUUCGAUCACCUUCUUGUUGGUCCUUUCUGCCUGCAGUCGCGGUGGUUUGGUUGAUCUUGCUCUCGAGUAUUUCCAUUCCACUAGCAAAACACACAAUAUAGAGCCAGAGCUUGAGCACUACACUUGUUUAGUCGACCUUCUUGGACGAGCUGGGCGGCUAGAGGAAGCCAGAGAGGUGAUCGAGAGCAUGCCCUUAAGGCCUGAUGGUGCAAUUUACAAGAAAUUGCUCAGUGCAUGCAAGUUGCACAGGAACGUGCCUUUGGGAGAAGAUAUGGCGAGACGAGGUCUAGAGGUCGACCCAAUGGAUCGAACUUUCUACGCCAUGCUUGCAGACUUAUACGAUGCAUCGCGCCGAUAUGAUCUGGGUGACGAAACUCGGAAGGUGAUGAGAAGUAUCGGCUCAAAGGGGAAUUCCUCGGUACGAGUGGAUGUAGAUACCGAACGAGGUGACCUUAUUUCAGGAAAUGGAUAGCAUAUAGACUUUCCUGCUCCGAUGGUUUAGCCAGAUAGAGAGAUAAAGAGACCAUUGAUGGAAGGUCGCUGCAUCUCGAAAAGAUAUAGAAGAGACCAUUGUUCACGAUAAAUCGAGUAUUGAGUUGUGCCAUGACAAAAUAGGAUGCGCAAGUUCAAAAUCCAUGGCUCUUAGAGGUGUGGCUCGUCAACCUUCUGGUUCAAUAUGCUCCUGAGCGAAAGAUUCAUUCCAAGAAGAAACUACCCAAUUUGAUCACAUAAUAGGAAAGUGGAGCCCCAGAGGCUUAUGGACUUUGGUGACUGAACUUGAUGAGCCGCUCGACGGAGCAAAUUUUGACUCAGAAUGGCCAUACAUUUUCAAUUUACUUGUUAAA